UGGUGCACAUAUUACAAACGCCUGGCAAAUAAUGUCCAUGAGUGACACUACAAGGCAAACAAAGAAAGAUGGCAAAACACGCAGUGAUUAACAUAUUGCAGCUUCUCAGACAAGACAGCAAGACACAUCCGAAUGAACGUAAGAUUCUAGAGCGUCUGACAAAAGUAGACCCCGGGGAUGUCGCGACAGAAUUGUUCACAAAAGCAGCAGAAUGUAUGCGAACUCCAAGGGAAAUUGUUUUCAAAAUCAUUCAGAGUCUAAUUUCUUUUGCUGUCGAUCUCCUUCAGGUACCAUUACUGAAAAAUGUAGCACACGUUCUUGCAUUUAUUGGUAAAAUUUUGCUAUUCAUCACAGAGCACCGGGAUUCUUAUUCUAUAGUAUCCGAAAAAGUACAUCUUCGGAUGUUGAAGAAAAUGGAACAUAUCGAUGAAAAAUUCCAUGCGUUUUGUUCGUGUUUUGAUGCACGGAGUGAUGAAUUGAUUACCAGUCAUAAAUCAAGGAAUCUGACAGUAACACAAGCGAAGAGGCUGUCAGAUAAUCUAAAAUACAAAGAAAUAGGGAUGGGCUUUUCAGGAGAACUAGAAGCAAUCAUUAUACGAUAUAAAGAUAGCCUAGAUGAAAGAAACCUCAAGUUGGUUGGAGAAUUUUUGAAGGUGUAUGCACGUGUUGCGAUCAUGCGAUGUUUGAUGCAAGUUUUAAUAUUUUCUAUUACCCGUGAUAAAAAAAUCAAAUCGACCACGCAGCAAAUGAAAAUGUAUAUAGAAGGCGAUAUCAGCAGGAGAGUCGACUUUUUAACACAAAUACUGGAACCCUGUCACGAGAAUGCUAUAUUUUUGUCAUCAUUCAACAUAGCAGAGUUUUCGGAACUGGAUAUCUUUCUGAAAGGUGACAGGAAUACUACAGUACAAUCAUGCUUACGGGAAAUCAGUGAUUAUUUGACAGCCAAAUGCAUUGCUUUGCAGUCGGUUGUAUUUCCAGGUCAUUGGAUGAAUUUAGCUUCUACCGGUGUAGUUUGGAGUACAGGUUAUGCACCACAUAAUAAAUACGCUCAGUUUUGCUUUGAAACCGUCUCGAUGAAAUACAACGUGUUUUUCAUAAAGUCAUUCCAAUGGCAAACUUCAUAUCUUUACAUGAAAUCUGGUAAUUCGUUUCUGAGCAGCAAGACUACUCGACCAAGCGAAGAAGGAAUGUUCAAAGUUCUCCUCUUACCAAACGGCAAUUGUUUACUAUCCGUUGUAAAAUACCCUGGUAGAUUUGUAAUUAUGAAGAACAAUAUAUUGGGCAGGAUAAAAGGGGAGGUGACAGGCAAAACGUAUUAUAAAGGUAAACCAAAUGUGCAGCAUGAGUGGUCGAUGAAGGAAAUGUGUCAUAUCAAAACAGGGAAUGAUAUUAUUAUACUUGAAAGCCCAAGAAUCGCCAAUGUCUUCUCUUAAAGGAACGAGUGAAAAAAAAAGAAAACGAAAAUCAAGAGAGUUAAUAUAUGAUUAUAUGUGAUGCUUAUUUAAAAGAAAUUAAUUCGAUUUCAAAUACAUGCAACAACGUGAAAUAGAAUAUUCAAAUAUCAAAAUAAAAGCCAGUAACUUCU